CCCGUCGAGAUUUCGGCAUUUCCUGCAAUGCAAAUAUCAGUAGUUCUCACAGGAUUGCGUAUUCUUGAGCUGAUUCUAAUUGAUAUCACACAGACGUAAGAUGGAUAAUUAGAAAUUUCUAUUGCUAGUACGUGUAGAUCCACCAGUUCCACUGCUGGCGUAAAUUAAUACAUAGAAAUGAAGAGACAUCAGAUUCAGUUUCAGAGGCCGCCAAAAGCUAGUUUGAGUCUUCAUAUAUCUUUAUCUUGAAUUUAGUAGCCAUUUUGAAGUUCUUAUUUGUCGUUGACUCAAAGUAGAAGUACAAUUUUUGAAAAUGGGCUCCGCUCAGGCCAAGGGAACGCAGCCUAUCACUGCUGCGCAGCGAAAGGGACUUUUUGACCCUGCUGAGAUUCCUAGACGUGAUGAUUACCUAGUGCGUUUUCCCGGGGAUGCACUUUGUGAGUACUCGGCACCAGUGAUCGAACAGAUUGAAAUGAAUGUGACCGGUGGCGCUGGCUCUGUGGAGCUCUCUCCAGAAGUGGAAGACAGAUGCCUGGGAGCUCUAUUGGGCCUGGCUGUGGGAGACGCAUUGGGCGCACCCUUGGAAUUUUCUCGCCUCGACUACGGUCGCAAGAUUCUUCAUACAAUGGGACAGGAAGAUGUAUGGAAGAUCCUCGUGGUAUCAGAAGGUGGCAAAGGUUCUGGGUCAGGAGAUUCUACUGACGGUGCUAUCGAGAGCAAAGAUAGCGGAUCCGGCUCGAGAUGUGAGAUUCUGGCAGAAAAUGUGACCUUUGUGAACACCAGUGCGAAUAAGUAUAAUCGAGCUUUCCAGUUACUUCCCGGUCAGUGGACUGACGAUACUUCCAUGGCACUUUGUCUAGCUGAUUCCCUACUCGAGUCAGCGAUGAAGCAAGAGCAGCUGCAAGACGGUGUACUAGACGAGGAAAAAUGUGGUCAUGAUGAACAACUACAAGGCGAAGAGAGUGAUGUUGGAGUUCAACACACUGGCCAAGAGAUGAAGAUGGAUCUUGACGGUAUCGAUUUGCGUAUGCGGUUUCUCAAUUGGUGGCAUUUUGGGUACAAUAACGCCUUCGGUCGGGACAAGGCGCGCAUCAAACGCUGUGGAGGUGGCCCUCGGCAAAGUGUUGGCCUAGGGGGAAAUAUUGGUGCAAGCCUGCGAGAGUUCUAUGCUUCACCUCUACCACCACCUCGCGCAGGAGCAUCUGGCAGCAGCGCACAAGACAGAAGCCUGCCAGACGAGACGAAAGUUGGCAGGAAGGAGCUGUCACCUGUAACACUAAGUGGCGACCGGUGGACGAGUGGUAAUGGCAGCCUCAUGCGCCUGGCCCCUGCCGCGAUCCGGAAGUGGAACGAUCUAGAGGGUGCACAGCAACUCGCGGAACUGCAAAGUUUGGCCACACAUCGUGGAGUUGAAGCAGCUGAAUGCAGCAGACUGCUUGCGCACUUGAUUGUUGGCGCGAUUGCAGAACAAGGAUCAGGCACAACUGACGAGGCUUCUAGCUCUGCCGAUAAUAAGAAAAGAAAUAUGGUGGAAGAGAGAAAGAAAUGGCUUUUGACGGAUUGGAUUUCUCAAUUCGAAUCCGAGGUCUAUUCCGUCACAUGUCUAGCAAAUGCAGAGAAGGAAACGAAACUCACGGUCGACGGCAUGGCCCCCGCUGACGAAGGCGACUAUGUUGUGUACGCAGAGAGCGAGAUUCCGGUGUUGCAAAAUCUACCUGGUACGACGGAAAGUGAAGGGCAAAGCUGCUGCGCUGCUUCUAACCCUGCUGUGAUGUUGGCCCAUGGCACCACUGUAUUGGUCGUGGACGUGUGUCCAGUGGAGAUUGCUGGCACGAAGGAUCCAGAAAAGAAAACGAAGAAGAAGCAUCAUGAGGUGCCAAGCAUGCGGUAUUUCGGUCGCAUCAAAAAGCCUGUGGAAGGGUAUGUCGAAUUUUUUGAUGCAGAAAAACAACUACAAGGCGAACAAAAUGCAUGCCCUUUUCUGGUCCCACAGCGUGUGUUUUCUGACGAAAAAGAUUGGCUUUCAAAAAACCGCGACUGGCAAUGGAGAACGACGGGCGGAGAGUUUAAGUAUUCAGCGGAACGGGCUCGAAGACAUCCGGACUACAUCGGCAGCUACUGCAUGGACUGCCUGGCUAUGGCUUUACACUGUGUUUGGGCAACGAAUUCGUUUGCUGAUGCAGUGUUGAAAGCCGCGAAUCUGGGUGGUGACGCUGAUACAGUCUGCGCCGUUAUAGGUCAGAUUACAGGAGCACUGUAUGGCGCGAAAUCCGUACCAGGGGAUUGGAGGGAAAAGGUGGAGUCGUGGACAUUACAAACAAAUGGUUUUGCCCUACGUGCAAAAGCGCUGGCCCGGUUGGCGGCGAGAGAAAAAAGUUCCAUUUUUUCUUGA